UCUUUCACCUACAACAUCAAGCAACCUAGCACUAUGCCUCCUUUCAAGACUGUUACCGACUAACCUUACUCGACGUAUACACGAAACCGACUACAUGCAAAAUCUAGUGAUCAGAGGAUGGGUGUUGGCCACUCUCAUGGUCACAAUAUCCUCAACACCGGUUCCCCACGCAUUGCGCUCAGUCGACACGGCCCAAAUGACGAACCUCCGCUCAAGGGAGGUUACUACCUAUGGCGAGACGCCGGCAUCCCGAACGGCGUAUACGGUCGUUUCUUUGUUCUGCAUGUCCCUCUUGACCGGCAUGAUUGGACAUCGUUUGCGUCAGAUGAGCCUGCGUCACUUCAAAAACCUAUGUCUAACCCAGAUUCUCAUUCUGCUUCUGUACUUUGUUUCCAUGGCAUUUGUUCUGUCGGCUGCUGUCGUCGAGAGCGGCCUCAGUCUACAAACUCAUUCCAUCUGCCGGGGAGCUAUCAUCUUAUGUCUCGCUUUCUAUGUUGGCAGUAAAUGCAUCAUGUAUUUGUUUCUGGUGGAGAGAGCUCAUGCACUGCGGGCGCCCUAUAUGCACAGGACUCACGACUGGCUCUGGAUGGUGGGAGUGCUAACUAUCUUUGGAGGCUUCGGCACCAUUUCCGUAUGUGGUUUCAUCUGGCCAUUAUCAACAAUCUCCGAAGUGGAUGGCCGUUGUCGGAUUGGUUUGCCACAGUUCAUCACCAUUCCGCUACUCUCCUUCGACGUGGUUGUCAACGUUCUUCUCACUCUUGUCUUUGUUUACCUCCUCGGUCCUCUCAUCCGUUCAGGCAGUCGUCCGACGUUGACUGCAAGCCGAUUCACACAAUACUUUGGAAGAUUCUGCGGCGGAGGAAGGGCGAGGGACAGCGUGAACUUACACCAAGGGAACCAACUCAUGGUUAACAAGAUCGAACACCUACUGUGGAAGACGUUCAUCGGAACGUGUGCGGUACUCGGCCCGACCGUGGCCAACAUGGCAUCAUUGACUAUGCUCAAGGGCCGAGAGCUCGGAUGGGUUUGUCUGACGGUGUGUACUAUUGACGUCACCUGGACUGUCUGUAUAUUCCACUGGCUAACUUUGGGUUCACACGAGUCGGAAGAGAGGACUUCGAACACGUUAGUUCUGGACUCUGCCUCCACACACGAUAUAUUCUUCAGACAUACACCGUGAGCACGUGAUUUACUCCAAGUUAACCAGCGUCAAGGUUGUGCAAACCAAACUGUGAACGCUUGCCUUGCCCAGUGCGGCGCCCCUCGUCCAGGCUGUCGGUUCUCUGCCUGGAACUGUCAUCGUUAGACUCGCGCGACUCCCGAAAGAACAUGGAACGUCUCCCCCCGGACGAGUCAAGCGCUCUGAUGAAUUCGUCUUCCAAACCGCGCCCACAUCACCAUCGCCCGUUCAUGGAGCAAUCAAAAGUCCGAAUCCUCCGCCUCUUCAACAAUAGCCUGGGACAACAGUCCUCGCUUGCGGGAUGUAGGAAUCCUCUUCACGAC